AUGGUUUUCUGCAUUUUCACAGGAGUGCCUUUUUCCAGUGAUAACCUCCAACAGCAAACCAUGUGUCCACAAGCGAAGGUCUGGGAAAACUACUUUCCAGGAUUUUAAUUAAUGUCUCAGUUCCAAAUCGUCGAGCUCGCCAGAAGGGGAAGUGUCAAGAAGAUACCUGGAACGACCUCUCAACAUACUGCCUAUUAAAUGGGACCAGAAUUUAACUUUAGGAUAAAUACCAGAUCUGCAUACACCAUGGGAAUGCCUCAAGAAUUCACAUUCUUGGCUAUUUUUCGGACGGAUAUGCAUGCGCUGACUAAAAACUGGAAUAUUUGGCAAAUGCAAGCUCGAAAUGGCAAUGAGCAGCUUUCAGUCACACUCAAUGCGCAGGCCUUCUCCCUGGAAUUCUCCUACAUCACUGUUGAGAACAGAGUUAUGACAGCUCUUUUCCCUUACCUCACAUUUCUGUUUAAUUCUCAGUGGCACAAACUGUUAUUGGUUGUGAAAAAAGGCACCGUUUCUCUCAUAGUCGACUGCAUAUUAGUAGACUCCCAACAGCUGCCAGCUAGGGGAAUGGUGACUGGGAAAUUAAAGGAUAAUCCUGCAAUAUCCGUACCAUUUGAACUACAGACGAUGGUGAUAUACUGCGACGCAGACGUUUUACAAAAAGACACGUGUGGCGACCUACCGCCCGAUCGAUUUCCCGCUGAAGUUUUGAAUGCGCUCCUGAAGUUCCCCAACCCCUCCUCGCGCUCUCUCACGCACACCAUGGCUCGCGCUGGAGGUUUGCGCGGGCCACUCUUGGUGCUUUUGUUGGGGACAGUGCUCACCGGUUCAGCUCAGAGGAAUGCUCCGGCUGGCCCGCCAGGCCCUGCCGGUGUCCCAGGGAUCGACGGAAUUGACGGAGUAAGAGGUGACUAUGGAGAAGAAGGCUCAUCUGGACCCGAUGGUGAACCUGGGAAACUUGGCUCUGCAGGACUUCCUGGAUUGCCUGGAGCAGAUGGAUUGACUGGCCCGGUAGGAGAUGUGGGCCCGGAUGGUCCCCCCGGACAGAAGGGAGAACCCGGAAAAGCUGGCCCCCGCGGCCAACCUGGCAUGGGCCCCGAUGGACCCCUGGGGCCACCAGGGCCUGGAGGACUUCCGGGUGAGCUGGGUAAAGUUGGCCCCCCGGGGGCCAUGGGUGUCAGAGGGCCACAAGGACCCCGUGGACCACAAGGACCUCGCGGUCACAAAGGUGUGAAGGGUGAGGCUGGAGAACCCGGUAAACAGGGGCACAAGGGACCCCAGGGAAUUCGGGGGGCUGCUGGAAUGAUGGGGCUAAAAGGAGAGAUGGGACCUCGGGGCACUGAUGGGAAUCCAGGUGCUCAGGGCGUUGCGGGAGCUGCUGGGGAUCGCGGCCAGAGGGGCAGGAUGGGAGAGUCUGGCCCUAAAGGCCAACAAGGGACCCAAGGACCCAGAGGCAUUACUGGCCUACCAGGAUCUAAAGGGGGCAGUGGUUUCUCGGGCGUGGACGGGCGUGAGGGCAUUCCUGGCAUGCCUGGAGCUAAGGGCAACCCUGGGAAAGCUGGUUCGCCUGGAGAGGUUGGACUAACAAGGUCUUGCCUACCUGCAGAUCCAGCAGCAGUAAGGCAGUGGCAGCAGGUGGUGGAGCAAAUGGUGUCACCUCUUCAGAACCGCAGUCAGCAUGGUGGUGAUCCGGAGGCCCACCCUGGGACACUAGACAAAACUGAAUUGGCCGCAGCCUACAGAACCAGGGAAUGGAAGAGGUUCAGGGGCCAAUCCAACGUAAAAAUGAGACGUAGCAGGGAACAGUCUGUGCUCAAAAGGCGGAGGCAGGAUCUGGUGAAGAAAGAGGAGAUGGGUGCAAUGGGUCUACCCGGCGUUCCAGGACCGAAGGGUGCCGGCGGUGAAAAGGGCAAUGCCGGACAACCGGGCUUCAUGGGGACUAUGGGAUCUGCAGGGAAGCUUGGCGAGCACGGAGAACAAGGUGAAGUCGGAGCUGUUGGACCCAUCGGUGCACCGGGAGACAGAGGAGAGCAAGGUCCGUCAGGUCCUAUGGGAAAACCAGGAGCCAGAGGCCCUAAAGGUGACCUCGGCCUGCCUGGACUUCCCGGACCCCCUGGCGUUCCUGGAGAAAAAGGAGGAAGGGGUGAGCCUGGUGAACCUGGACCUAAAGGAGAACAGGGAGAACAAGGAGCAGAAGGAAACCCUGGAGACAAAGGAGAUGUCGGCGCUUCCGGAGAAGGCGGACCGAAGGGCGAGGUAGGUGUUCCGGGAGAUGCAGGCCACAGAGGGCCCGAGGGCAAACGUGGGCAGCCUGGUAUCGAGGGGCCCCCUGGCAGCCCGGGCCCCCGCGGCAUGCAGGGGAACAGAGGGACACCCGGCACUCGCGGCUCCCAGGGCCCACCGGGAAAAGAACCAAGUGAUCAGCAUAUCAAACAGGUUUGCAUGCGAGUAAUACAGGAACAGCUGGCCCAGUUAGCCGCCAGCCUGAGGAGGCCCGAGACCGGCGCCACCGGCCUGCCUGGCAAACCAGGCCCUCCCGGGCCUCCCGGGGCCCCCGGGGACAGCGGCUUCCCUGGGCAAGCCGGGGCAAGAGGACUCCCUGGCCUCAAAGGACCCCCAGGACAGAUAGGAGUCAGAGGGCCUAAAGGUGAAAUGGGAGACCGAGGAGACCGAGGGCAGACAGCGCGAGGACCCAAAGGGAUACCAGGACCGCCCGGCCUGCCAGGUGAGCCCGGCAAACCCGGUUAUGGCCAGGACGGCCGUGAUGGGGAGAGAGGUACCCCCGGCCUCCCCGGGCAGCCCGGCGUCCCCGGGCCGCCCGGCACCGCCGGCCCCUCUGGCUAUUGCGACCCGUCGGCGUGUAACCUGAGCCCGGGAGCCGCCCAGCAAGGCCUGCAGGACGUUAAGGGGCCAGCCGGCAACUGA